AUGAACAAGAAGGCGCCCAUACCUGGUUUACACACAGACAUAGGCCAAGAAACGUUGAAUGAGGGCAAGACUGGGGGUAUUGGAAAUAUUGAACCCACACAUAAAGCGACCCCAUCUUCUGACGGAUCAGAAGGUAUCCCACAGAAGGAUAUACCUCCUGAUGGCGGCUAUGGCUGGGUGUGUGUGGCAUGUGCAGCUUUCAUUAAUGGAAACACAUGGGGUGUGAACAGUUCAUAUGGCGUUUUUCUAUCCUACUAUCUUUCUCACGAUAUAUUCCCCAAUAUGAGUCCUAUUGCGUACGCUUUUACUGGUGGUUUGAGCAUGUCUUGUGCUCUCUUGAUAUCCCCCUUGGUCACGCACUUAAUCCAUCUCUACGGAAAUCGAAUUAUUUUAAAUAUAGGGGUCUGCCUUCAAACUAUUUCCUUCAUCGGAGCAUCUUUUGCCAAAGAGCAAUGGCAUCUGUUUCUCAGCCAAGGAGUAUGCUUUGGCCUAGGAAUGGGAUGUAUCUUCAUUGGUUCCGUCGGAAUUACUCCCCAGUGGUUCUAUAAGAAACGAAGCGUGGCCAAUGCGAUUGCAGCAGCCGGCUCCGGCCUUGGAGGUUUAGCAUAUUCUCUCGGAGCUGGUGCCAUGAUCCCCCGCUUGGGCCUCGGAUGGACUUUUCGUGUUUUAGGAAUUACAACUUUUGUUAUUAAUAUUACAGCAUGCAACUUACUAAGGGAUCGGAACAAGGCGGUAGGGAGUCGUUAUCGGGCAUUCCACUUUCCUCUGCUUAAACGACCAGAGUUUAUUUUUCUCCAAUUAUGGGGAAUUUUCAGCCUCCUUGGAUACGUCGUUGUUCUUUUCAGCCUUCCAAAUUUUGCCCUGUCAAUCGGACUUUCUGCUCACCAGGGAAGCAUUGUCGGUGCCCUUCUCAAUUUAGGCCAAGGGCUGGGCCGGCCGGUUGUCGGCCUUGUCAGUGACCGUCUUGGUCGGAUAAAUAUGGCUACUGCGUUCACACUUUUCUGUGGUUUACUUUGCUUCGCUGUUUGGAUUCCGUCUUUCAACAUGGGAGUACUGAGCUUUUUUGCUAUAAUUGUCGGUACUGUUGCUGGCACAUUCUGGACUACUGUUGUCCCGGUGUGUGCAGAGGUUAUUGGCAUGCAAGAGCUGCCAGCUGGAUUAAGCAUUUCUUGGGUUCUCCUUGUUCCACCAACCACUAUUGCCGAACCGAUUGCCGUCUUACUCAAGAGUGACUCGAAACAAGAUUGGAUAUAUCUAUAUGCACAGAUUUUCGCUGGCUUGACGUAUGUUAUAGCUGGCAUUAGCUUAUGGCUUGUUCGAGGUUGGAAAGUUGGUGAAAUGGAGAUGAUGAAUAAAGUCUCUAAUCUCGCAGCCAACACGCCUCCAGUGCUACAGGCUACUGUUGGAAACGCCAAAAACACCGCUCCUCAUAGUGUUCAACUUCCAGAGAACAAAUCACAACAUCAAAACCGCAUUGGCACGGCUACACAUACUGCAUCCGCAUCUCCAACUCAGUUAGAUACCCGACUAUGGUCUCCCGCCUCUUUGUUCCCUAGAAUGCUAGUCCGGAGACAUGUUUAG